UAUUUACAGAUAACGUGUGAUGAAUAUGUGAAUAUCUUUAUUCUUAUAUCAUCUUCUUUGCCACGUGCAAUGUUUAAGAGAAGAUAAAUACAUAUUUGAAUAUUUUAUUAAGUAUUAAUAAAAUAAUUAAAAGAAAAUAAUAAUGGAGCAAGGCUUUUCUACAAAAGCUAUUCAUGCUGGACAAGAUUCAUUACAAUGGAAUGACUGUUCAGUAGUACCUCAUAUUACAUUAUCCACUACUUUUCAACAAGAUGGACCUGGACAACCUAGAAGUUUUAUUUAUGGAAGAAGUGGCAAUCCUACAAGAAAUGUUUUACAAACAUGUUUAGCUGCUUUAGAAGAUGGAAAACAUGGAUUUGUUUUUUCAUCAGGUUUAGGUGCUACAACAGUUUUAAUUUCACUAUUAAAUGCAGGAGAUCAUAUUAUAUCUGGAGAUGAUAUUUAUGGUGGAACUAAUCGUUUUUUCAAAAAUUGUUUAAAAAAUAUUUCAGUAACAUUUGUAGAUAUGAUAGACAUAAAUAAUAUCAUAACCAAUAUACAACCAAAUACAAAGAUGAUUUGGUUAGAGACACCAACUAAUCCUUUACUUAAAGUAAUUGAUAUUGAAGCAGUUACUCAAGCAGUGAAGCAAGUAAAUUCUGAAAUUCUUGUAAUAGUAGACAAUACUUUUCUAACAUGUUAUUAUCAAAAACCAUUAAAGUUAGGUGCAGAUAUUGUAAUAUAUUCUUUAACAAAGUAUAUGAAUGGACAUUCAGAUGUUAUUAUGGGUGCAGCAAUUACAAAUAGAGAAGAUAUUGCAAAUAGACUUCGAUUUUUACAAAAUGCUAUGGGUGUUGUUUCAUCACCUCUAGAUUGUUUCUUAGUUAAUCGCAGUUUAAAAACUCUAGAACUUAGAAUGCAGCAACAUAUGAAACAUGGGCUUGCAGUUGCAGUAUUUUUACAAUCACAUCCAUGUGUAGAAAAAGUAAUUCAUCCAUAUUUACCAUCACACCCACAGCAUGAAAUUGCUAUUAGACAAACAUCUGGUCAUAGUGGAAUGGUUUCAUUUUAUUUAAAAGGUGACUCUAGUAAAUUUCUAAAGGCAUUAAAGAUAUUUACAUUAGCAGAAUCACUUGGUGGUUAUGAAUCUCUUGCUGAAUUGCCAUCUGUUAUGACUCAUGCUUCAAUUCCUGAAGAAACUAAAGAAAUGUUAGGUAUUAAUGAUAAAUUGAUUCGUUUGUCUGUUGGUCUUGAAACUGAAAAGGAUAUUUUGGCUGAUCUUGAUCAAGCUCUUAAAGCUAGUCAAUAAAUGUUUUAAUUUUAUAUGCAUAUUCAUAGUGUUGAAUUGCUAAUAUAUAUAACUUAUAUGUUAUAUGUUAAUAUUAUAUUUGGUGCAUAAUUAUUGUGGCUUUUUUUCAACAAAUUUUAUUCAACAAAAACAAUAUUUAAUAAAAACAUCUUUAAAUGAUUAUUCCGAAGCAUAUUCACCAUCUACUUCAAUUACUGUUUCCCAUUUGCUUGACAACCGGUCAAUUUCACGGGCGAAGAAAUUUCUGUUCUUAAGCAAUUCACUCUUUGACGCCGACCAGUAAGUCAUCCAAAUCAUUCAAAUCAUUGUAAACUUUGUUUGCAAGCCAAUUUUUCAGUGAUAGAUUGAUGUAAUAGUCCGUAGGGACUUCUGUCGGAGAAUAUGGCGGAUGAGGAAGCCAUUUUUGUCUGGAAUCCGCCAUUAUUGACGCUCAUCAUCAUCAUUCCACCAAUAACAAAUUUCGUUUGAAAUGAUUUCCUAGUGCUUUUGUUUGCUUUUGUUCCAUCGAACACACCAUAUUGUGUUUUUUUUGUAUUAUUUUUAUAGUUCUACUUCUUACGUUUUUUGCUAUUUUUUUAGGUGAAACACUUGGCGAAACGCAAAUCUUCUUUCUUUUAACGUUUUUAAAGAAACCACGAUUUAUCCAGUGAUUCUUCAGAAACGGAGUUUAUUUAUUUUGCUGCAGCAAAUCGGUGAAAAUUCGGACAUGUUCGAUUUUGUUGUUGUCGAAAAGUUCAUGGGGGACUCAUCUAACCAAUUUCAUUCUUUUCCGAACUUUUUGAGACAAUAAACGAUGAUCGAAUAGUCCACAUUGAAGUCUUUAGCCAAUAUUCUAAUUGUUAAAUUUUCAUCCUCUUCCACAAUUGUCAAAUGUGUCUAAUCGUCGAAAUUUAAUGGUUGACCUCUUCAUCUGCGAAGUUUUUCGCCCGAUUUGAACUUCUUAAACCAUCUUUCAACUUGGUUUUUGCUAAUUGUUCCUUCGUGAAAAAGUUCGUUGAGAUCGCGAAAUGACUGUGCUACAUUCCAACCUUUCUCGAAAUGAUAGAACAUAAUGUGGCGAAUAUAGAUUUUAUGAUUUUCGAUUUUCAUUAACUGAAAAGAGAAUUAUUUUUAUAAAAAAAAAAAUUAAACAAAACGUCAAUUUUUAAAAGAAAAAAAAAAAGUCGCGAAAAAAAGCCAUAAUUAUGCACCGAUCUAAUAUAUCAAUAUAUCAAUCUAUUAUAUAUUAAACAGAAAACAUAUUUUAAUUUUAAAGUUAUAUAAAUUAUAUAAUUUUUUUUUUAAGAAAAAAAAUAUAUUACCAAUCAUUUUCACAUUCCAUGCUAUAUUAAUCUUUGAAUAUUAAAAAUAGUGUACAUACAUAACUUAUAUUUCUAAUGCCACAUUUUACAUAUUUUUA